AUGCCGACCUUCCGCAGCGAAGACAUCCCCGACCUCCACAACCAAGUCAUCCUCGUCACCGGCGGCAACGCCGGUCUCGGAUACGAAACCAUCCGGCAGCUCAUCUCGCACCACCCAGCCCGAAUCUACCUCGCCGCUCGCUCUCGCCCCAAAGCCGAACAGGCAAUCUCAGACCUAAAGGCCCAAAAUCCAACGUUCAACGGCCUCCGCUUCCUCCAGCUGGACCUCGCGUCCUUCGAGAGCGUCAAAGCCGCCGCAGCAGAGUUCCUGGCUCAAGAGUCCCGCCUCGAUAUCCUGCUCAACAACGCCGGCAUCAUGAUGACGCCCGAGGGCCUCACCAGCGACGGACACGAGAUCCAAUUCGGGACCAACGUCCUGGGUCCCGCUCUACUCACGCAACUCCUCCUGCCGACCCUCCGCAACACCGCAAAGCUCAACGCCCAGGCGCGCAUGGUCAUGCUCUCGUCUGCCGCGCACGCACGGGCGCCCAGCGACUGGGUGUACAAAUUCGAUGAGCUCCGCACGCCCGCCGCAAAUCGACAUACGACGGAGCGAUACACGACCUCCAAGCUGGCGAACCUGCAUUACGCAAAGGCCCUCGCUGAGCGAGAAUCCCGUGUUAAGAUUAUCCCGGUGCAUCCGGGUAUGGUGGCGACGAACCUGCACCAUGCCUCGACGGGGACUUUCCUCAAGCCCUUCCUCUACGCGGCAAUCUGCUUUGCGACACCGGUUGCGAAGGGCGCCCUCUCGCAGAUCUUUGCGGCUGUUAGUCCCGAUGCGAAUCAUGGACAGUACUAUGGGCCCAUUGGGAAGCCUGAGUCUGGAUCUAAAUUGGCGCAGGAUCAUGACCUCCAGGAAAAGCUUUUCCAAUACGUUCAGAGCGAGCUUGCGGAAUAUGUUGAACCUAUUGCUUGA